AUGUCUGGCAUCAACAUCUCUUUACCAUCAUCAACCGAUGCUGAGUACAAUGUCACGGAGACGGAUCUACACAGGACCCUGGAGGCUCACCGCACCAUUAAGAUUGGAAUAAUAUCAGUUUUGGGAGUGAUGAUAACUUUGGGGAACAUCGCUGUGGUGAUGGUCAUUGCUUCAGCCGUAUCGGGCUGGUCGCGAAACUCGCGGUAUUUCCUUUUAUCGCUAACCGGAGCGGAUUCGGCGUUCGGACUGCUUAUAAUGCCACUGAAUCUCUGCGUAAGUUUCAUGAAGGAAUAUAACGAGGGCCCUGACCCUUUCUGUCACGUCGUAGCAUUUUUCAACGCAACCAUUUAUUCGACUUGCAUGUAUACACUAGCAACCAUAAGUCUGGAAAGAUACAUAGCUGUGUUUUACCCUUUGAAAUACUCCACCGUGCUGACCAGGAGACGCGCUUUGCUUUUAAUCUUGUUCGCGUGGAUAUUCCCGCCAAUUCUCCUCAUACCUAUCUCGUUUCCGGCGGGCAUUAUUGAAGUGUAUUUUUCCCGCGCAUCGCUCGUGUGCAACCCCAUGUACUCCAGCAACGUCACGUACUCUCUCUCUUUGACGGGCUUCAUCUUCUUCCCAUGCUCGGCUAUCAUGACCUUCUGUAAUCUGCGUCUGUGGAUAGCCGCCAAGAGACAGAGGUUAAGGUUGAGGAAGCACAGCUGGGGAGGAGGAUACAGACCCAAAGUGGCCUUACGUGUUCUAGUACCAGUCAUGACGGUAUACUACACCUGCUGGACGCCCUGCAUGGUGAUCAUGCUUUACAAUGCCAUUUCAGGCAGUAGUGUCCCAGAGUGGAUAGAGUUUAUUGCAGUGUGGUUACCAACCUCCAAUGGCUUCCUUAAUUGUAUCUUCUACUUCUGGAUCAACCAUAGCUUUAGAAGGAAAUUCCAUUUGGUCCUUCAGAAACUAUGUCUGGGACUAUGUCCUGGUGCUGACACUGAUUCUGGUUGCAUCAACACCGUAGAGUCCUCGGUGGUUCUUGGAUGGAAUGAUAACCAUUCUCUUCAUGAGCGUUUUUCUAGCGUGUCGUCCACGUGUGCUCUACUCAUGCUCAUGGCAACCGAGACCAGCAUCCGAGAACCACAACCAGGUUAA